AACUCGCAUGAUGCGUGACACUAUGACCAUAAACCAAAACAUGAGGCCGAAGGCUCUUUUGGUCUUUUCAAAGUGUCAAACAGUAGCUGGUUGGCUAAACGUCGUUCUUCAGUAGAUUUUUCUUCAUCCAUUGAAGAAGGGGUAAGCCCGAAACGUUUAGCAAGCCAGCUACUAUUUGACACUGUAAAGAGCCUUCAGCCUCUUAUUUUAUCUUUUAGAGAAGCCCGGAUAAUCUCGCACACCUCUCGACUCUUCUCGAAGAGCCUUCACCCUGCGGGUUAUUUGAAGUAUGUGCCUGUGUCAACAGAUACCGGAGUAGUCGCAAGAGACUGGGCACCAAUGUUGAAUGGAGCAGAGUUAUUUUGUGCAUCGAAGCAAGGUUUUAAAUUGAUUGCUUUGCUAUUUUUGGCCAUGUUGGACUGAAUCGUCAUAUCUUUCGGACAUAUUGAGCUGUUGAAAUAGAAGCUACUUUGAUCUUGCUAGAAAAUGAGUCAGAUUCCUUCAGGAAUUUCGCGUUUAAAGACGCCGAGUAGAAUAGUGAAACCGAUACAAGGCGGGGGUGUUGGUGUCGCUGGUCAAUCUUCUUCUUCAGUUAAACCACGUGGCGCUGUAGCUGCUUCUUCUCAGGCAACAACAUCAACAGGACAGCCAAGAACUAAUCCUUUGGGUUCUAAACUGAGCCAGACUCCAAGUGGACCAGUGAAGAGGGGACUGCAGGCGAGUGAUAACGGCAGACUAAAUACCAGUCGUGAGCGCUUAGUCAGUCCUCGAGGCUCAGUUACUGGCGGGCAAAUUGCACAACCGAGACUACCUUCAAGGGAAAAUUCACAAUCGAAACUGCAAUACAGGAGAGAAGGUUCUAGUUCUUCUCUACGUGGAUCAUCUUCAAAGACAAAUUCAUCGCAAAGUGUUGUCAAGAGACGUGGCGAAACUUCUCGGACUUCAGAAAGUCAAGCGGCGACUGACUCAUCUAAAUCAAGUUUGCUUAACUUCUUCAAAAUAGGCGAUCGUGUCCUGGUAGGAAACACCAAUCCUGGAGCUAUAGCUUUUAUUGGAGAAACUCGGUUUGCUAAGGGUGAAUGGGCUGGUGUUGCUCUAGACGAACCUGUUGGCAAAAAUAACGGUAGUGUUCAAGGAGUACGAUAUUUUGAAUGCCAAGCCGGUCAUGGGAUAUUUACAAAACUUGAGAAGCUCACAAAAAUUAACCAAAUUCCGAACGACGAUCAGGGGACUUCAAGACAUGAAAUCAAAACUGGGAAAACAGAAGCUAAAUUUAAUAUUGGCGACCGCGUUGUGGUUAGCGGUACAAAACACGGUGUUGUGAGGUACCUUGGUGAAACUGGUUUUGCCAAGGGCGACUGGGCUGGCAUUGAACUUGAUGAACCUUUGGGAAAAAACGACGGAGCAGUAGCCGGAAGGAGGUAUUUCCAGUGUGAGCCUACCUUUGGGUUGUUCGCUCCACUCCACAAAAUUGUCAGAUCAAGUCUACCUUUACCAAUCAGACUUCAGACACAGUUACAGCCAGAGAAUGACUUACAGAACACUUUGGGUGCCCUAGGAAGUGACAGCUCUCUGAAUUCAGUGGCUUCAACCCUAAGCGGAUCCUCUCUUACCCCCAAACCAGCUACAACAAGCACAUCACAGAUUAUUUCUAGUCCCGAACCAGAGGAGUCUGAAGUGAAAUCCUCAUCAUUAUCAUCACCAGAACCAGUACAGCCUCCGCCAUCUUCUGGUGUCAUUGCAUCACAGUUAGUAACUUUGCAGGAUUCCAUGUUAAGAGAUGUUUCAGGUUACAUUGUUAAAAAAAAGAAGGAAGCACUAGAAGACAGAGAGAAGCAAAUCCAGUCAUUACUGGCAGAUAGAGAAUUUGAACAAGCAGAAGUUGCCAGUGCUACAAAUGAAGUUGCUAAGGCAGAGGAAGAAAUUACCAAACUAAAAGAAAGUCAUAAUGAGGUCAUUUUUGAGAAAAACAAAGUCAUUGAAGAACUUCAGCUUUUGGUUAAGACAGCCAAGGAAGAAAAAACAGAGCUUCAGACACUGCUAGAUGAAGAGAAAAGGAAGGUGGAAGAUUUGCAAUUCAAGUUGGAAGAAGAGGAGAUUACUCUUGGAGAUGAACUACAGAUUGAGCAGAAAGAAAUUGAAACUCUGGAGAUUGAAUUGAAGGAAAAGGUUGCCUCCCUUUCAAGAAUUAAAAAAGAAUUUGAUGAAAUGCAGGAUGAGAAAAAUGCAGCUUUGGUGAAGAUUGCUGAAUUAAAGGAUGCAUUAUCAGAGUCAGAUACCGAAGUUUUGAGUUUCCGUACUUCAUUGACUGAAUCUGAGAACAAGAUUAAAGAACUAGAGGCAACAUUAUUUGCUACACAGGAGCAGCAUUCAUCUGAUACCAGCUUUAGAGAACAAGAAGUGACAAAGAUUUCUGAAAAGAUUGCUGCUUUGGAAAAUGAUCUAGAGGAACAUACAAAAAUCAAGUCCAGCCUUGAAAAUGAAUUAAAAACAAUUAAAUCAGAGCUUGUAAAGACAAAGGAGGAGAAUGAAUCUCUGCACAAAAUGAUUGAAGAUCUGACAGACAAACUACACACCAAAGAAGAUGAAUUUGCUUCUCUCUGCAGUGAACUACAAGUCAUCAAGGAUACUACUCUUGAACUUCAAAAGCAGCUUCAUAUAAGUGAAGUAAAAUCAGAGAAUCUCACUGCAGACAAGAAUAAACUGGAGUCAGAAAUUGCAGAAUUGGCAAAGAAUUCUGGUGAUAGUUCCCAAAAGAUGGUUUACCUCAAUGAACAACUCAGGGAAAAAGACAGGAUUUUGGAUAAGUUGAAAUGCUCCUCAGCUGAAGCUCAGAUCCAGAUUGGUAGAUUGUCUGAGGAUCUUUCACAAGCAAAGGAGCUGCAUAAUAAGGAUUUGCAGACAUUAAAAAAAUCCCACCAGGAGCAGACCAGAACAGCUGAGAAUAUGAUGCAAAACCUUAGAUCUAAACUGGAAGAAAGCUUAAAAAAUGAAGAAAACUUGAAGAAUGCACACCAAGCAGAACUGGAGGAUCUUAAAAAAGCCAAGGAUAGCGAGCAUUCAGCAGCUGAGGAGCAAAUAAAGCAAAAAACAGAAAAGAUAAACACUUUAACUCAAGAUCUGCACACAGUAAAAGCUUUACAAGAAGAAACAUUACGAGAAAGAUCUAAACUGGAGGAGCAACACGGUAAGCUGCAGUCAGAUUUCAAGGCGUCACAGCAAGAGCUUGCUGCGGUACAGUUACAGCUGGAAUCUGUGCAAACAGAGAAGAGCCUGGUCAUGGGGGCUCAGGGAGAUGCACAAAGUAAACUCCAGGAAUUUGCUGAGAAGUACUCCAUGCUUAACCAAGAACACCAAAACUUGGUGCAAGCUUUUGACAAUGUAACACAGGAAAACACCAAAACAAAGGAAGAGCUAGAUGUGCUUUGUAAGGCAAAAACUAAAAUUGACAAAGAGAAGCAAGACAUGGAAACAAAGCUAAAUGAGAUGAAGACUGCUUGUGAUAAACUUCAAAACGAGGUCGAAGUUGCAAAAUCUCAGGCAUGCAGCAAAGAAGAACAGCUACGCCAGCUCAGUUUGUCAGCUUCAGAGGCAGAGGCAAUGGUCAAUCAAUUGAAGAGUGAAGUCAAGGACGCUCUUCUAGAGAAAGACCAAAUGAUCAAGGAAAUGAACGACUUGACACAACAAAACCAAGUACUCCAGCAAAGUGUGGAUGCUGUUCAGAAGGAUCAAGCUGAAAAGAACAAGCUGUCAGAGGCAAUGGUAAAAGCGCAGAAAGAAAUUGAGGACAUCAAUUUGCAACUGUUAGAAUGUAAAACAAGAGAGAGUAAUGCAAAAGUUGCUGCAGAUUCUGAAAGGGAAGAUUUGAAGAGGCAGUUACAGACUAUUGAAUCAUUGGCAAAGAAACAGAGUGAUGAAAUAAGUAGUUAUAAGAAAGAGAAUGAAAUGCUUAAGACCAAACUAGCCAAGAAGGACAGUGAACUUGCUUCCAGUACCUUUCAAUCUGUGAGUGGGCCUGACGUUGAAGGUGUGGUGAGUAAGCUUAGAGAAACUGAGGACUUGUUAGAAGCCGUUGAAGCUGAAAAGGAAAGCGCAGAAGCACAGGUUGACUUUUUAAAUUCUGUGAUUGUGGAUCUGCAAAGGAAAACAGAGGAACAGGAAAAGAGGAUCGAGAUGUUAAUGAUGGGAGACAUUCCUGACAGAAACGGCACCAUGUUUGAUAUAUCUGAUGAUGAUGAGCCGGCGAGAACCGGUAUAAAGCAGCGGUUGUUCUGUGAUAUCUGUGAUGUAUUUGAUCAACAUGAUACGGAUGACUGCCCGACCCAGUCUUCAGGAGCACUCGACAACCAAGGAACUCAGUACCAUGGCAACAGAAAUGAAGAUAGACCAUAUUGUGACAUCUGUGAAGUGUUUGGACAUUGGACUCAAGAAUGCGAUGAUGAAGAGGUUACCUUUUUUAUAUUUAUUUGUUCUCUGAAAGGAAAAUGAGCAGAAAGCAAAGGAAACGUGACUUUGAAUAACGCCAUUAGUACUAGGUCCGAAGAAUGUUGCGGUGUCUCAAUUAUCUGGAGUAAAGUAUUCAAAGUACGCAAAAUAUUUUGCCCCCGUCAGAAAUUGUCCUUGUCCACAGGAUACAUGAUUUGGGCUUACUUGACGAAAUGUUAACAAUGUGACAGGAUAAGUGGAGGCCGCUGUUCUCCUUCAAGGCUAUUUCGUUCCUGUUUUUGAUUUGGAAAGAACGUCACUU